AUAAUGCACUACGGUUCAAAAUGUCGCCCGCUGUAGCAGCAGCUAUUAUUGUCGAGAUGUUGUCAUAAUCGGGCUGCAUCGCAGUAAGUAUUGGUGAUCGACAUUUGUAAAUUUGUGAGCAGGCCUAAUGUGUGGUGCCUGCAUAUAUAUAUAUUGUACAUAGCAGCUCAAGCAGGACACGACGACAAGCAGCGGGUCUGUAUCAUAGAAGGAAAACAUGAAUGAUGUUGAAUGGGAGAAUUCUGCUCGCAAUAACAACAGUGGUGGCAGUCAAGCACUUUCUAACAGCAGCGGGUUGAGACCGGGAUACAAUCGUAUGGCACAGCCACAGCGCACGCGAGACGACGCACAAGUAGGUUACUUCUACCAGAGGCCUAGCAACACCAUGAACGAGUCGGGAGGGCAGUUUCCGAAGCAGAGAUGGGCCGUUGGGGACGACUCAGUCCUCGACCAGGUUCGCUCUGCAGGAGAUGUGAGUAGGAUGACCAAUGAGUUCCAUGCCCUGGACCUAGACAGGGACAAUAGACCAAGGAAUAUGGAUGAGAAAUUAUGGGAUUCCCAGGAGAACAGUAAAAAUGAGGACAUCUUCACCCCAUGGCCUGCAGCCAAUGCAUGGGUAGGAGGGACAGGAAUAGCUGGUUCCAACCACUCGGUAUCACAGCCCAUCAUGGUGCAGCGAGGACGACAGCUCUCCCCCGGCACGGGAACGUUCCAGGAGAAUGCGGUCAUGUCGCCCCGCUCGGACACCAGCGGCCUGGGACUCAGCAUGGCAGAAUACGUGUUGGCCUCGUCUCCUCAGGGCAAAGAGAUCGAUGGGAAACACCACAGGCUCAAACCGGGAUUUGUAAGUCAAGAUGGUGGUGGAGUGCAGCAUCAGCAAGGAGGUGAUUCUAACCAGCAAUCCCAGGGCAACGGCAAGAAGAGUAAGACACCAUCACCCUUUGAGGCAGAGGGAGACAAGCAGGAAGUAGUAGAGAAUGGCAUAGAUCCAGUACCCCAGCAAAAACCUGAAGAGGAUCCCAACACAUUUAGUCGCACACCCGGUAGCCGCAACGCUUCCCCAACGGAACCAGAGGAUGGUAAGAACGUGGCGAUGCAGCAGCCAGCUACCUCGGUGGCUGACAUGCAACGACAGAACAUGAUCCAGAAAGUCCAUCAGCAUCAUCCCCAGCAUCCGCAGCACCAGCAGCCCUCAGAGGGGGCCUACAUAGAAGGCGGCGUCCAGAACCCCUUGCAGAUCGACACCGGGGCUGGCAUGGAGAACGUGGGGAACAUGGAAGGCCUGCAGUUUGACUACUCUGCAGGGAAUCAGAUGGCUCACAGCAUGGACAGCCCUAGUUACAUCAAUUAUGACCAAUCCCAGCAAAUUUUCCAGCAGCAACGUCAACAGAACCCUCAGACCAUAGCAGUCCAACAGCUUACUCCCCAGCAGCAGUAUGCCUUAGCCGCUGCUCAACAACAGCAGCUUGCACUGGCAGGCAACCCGUACAUUAUCGCUGGAGCCCCUCAGAAUGGACAGGAUCCAUACGCUCUCGGCAUUGCCACUGUUGCAGGAGGACCGGCAGUGAUGCCUCCCCAGUAUGCAUACGGUGUUACACCCUGGAGUGCUGUGUACCCCGUCGGUCUUCUGCCACCUGGCCUGCAGCAGCAACAAGCCGCUGCAGCUGCUAACCAACAAGCACAACAGCAGGGUGGCCAGGGACAGCAACAAAGGGCCCAGAAUGGUGGACGACCUAUGACCCCCUCCCAACAGCAGCAGCAACAACAACAGCAGCAGCAACAACAACAACAACAGCAGCAACAGCAGCAGCAACAACAGCAGCAGCAACAGCAAGCUGGAACCCCACAGGGUCAGGGAGAGCAGAUGGCAGGUCAGCCAGGCGCUCAGCCGGGAAUGCCCUUCCCAGCAGCUGGUUAUCAAGUCAUCACCUAUUAUGACCAGACUGGAGCCCUGAUCAACCUAGGCCAGAGACCAGGCAUGGGAGCUCCUGUCAGACUGGUGUCCCCAGCACCUGUCAUCGUGAGCGGUGCUCAGACAGUGCAAGCAAAUGGAUUCACAGGCACCAACGGUAACUUCCGGAUGGUGGGGGCCCAGCCCCAGCAGCAACCCCAACCCCAGCCCGGGCAGGGCCAAGGACAGGGCCACAAUGCCGCCUCCAUGUCCCUCUAUACCAGCAGCCAGCAGAUGGCCUCCAAUCAGCAGAACAACGGCGGUGGACUCGGCUCCUACGCAGGCCAGAGUAGCUCCGUCUUCAACAGUGGACUAAGCGGCUCGGGAGCAGACACUCCCAUCCAGCGCCGUGACUCACUGGGCGGUAGCUCUGACUACAAGAGAGGACUGGGAAUGAGCCAGUUCUAUGGCAGCUCACCCCAGCUUGGUCCCAUCAUCUCCCCCACCCACACCGGUGGAUCGCUGACUCCUCCUCCGUCCCAGAACAUAGGGCUAGGACUUGCUGACUUUGAUAACCUACUAACAGGGCCCGGUGCUACGUGGUCCAGGCAAAAGAAUGAGUGGGGCAACAGGGCACUCGGCACCAACGCACCAUUCAGUAUGGACCAAAUGUCAUACUCGGUUCCAUCCCCAGGCGGGGAAGUCAAGUAUCGCAGUGGAUCGACCUCCUCCAGUACCAGCGGGUCGGGAUGGGGCUCCAACACCCUGUUCCCUCCACGUAGCCUCCGCAGUACCGCCUACAUGGAGAAGAGCGCCCCCGGUCGCAGCAGGCUCCUGGAAGACUUCCGUAACAACCGCUUCCCCAACCUGCAGCUCAGGGACCUUGUCAGCCAUAUUGUGGAGUUCUCUCAGGACCAACAUGGGUCGCGCUUCAUACAGCAGAAGCUGGAGCGUGCUACCCCAACCGAACGGCAGAUGGUCUUCAGCGAAAUCCUGGGUGCAGCCUACAGCCUGAUGACGGAUGUCUUUGGCAACUAUGUCAUCCAGAAGUUCUUUGAGUUUGGCCUCCCCGAGCAGAAGCAGGCACUGGCCCAACGGAUCCGGGGCCAUGUCUUACCCCUAGCCCUCCAGAUGUACGGAUGCAGGGUGAUCCAGAAAGCUCUCGAGUCCAUCCCACCGGAACUGCAGGUAAUUACUGAGAUGGUGAAGGAGCUCGAUGGCCAUGUGCUGAAGUGUGUCAAGGACCAGAAUGGCAACCAUGUCGUGCAGAAGUGCAUCGAGUGUGUGGAGCCUGCGGCGCUCCAGUUCAUCGUGGAUGCCUUCAGAGGACAGGCACAGGUGUAUUCUCUCUCCACACACCCAUACGGCUGCCGUGUCAUCCAGCGUAUCUUGGAGCAUUGCAUUGUUGAACAGACCAAACCUCUUCUAGACGAGCUUCAUCAACAGACGGAGAGCCUUGUUCAAGACCAGUAUGGCAACUAUGUCAUUCAGCACGUCUUGGAGCAUGGUAGACCAGAGGAUAAGAGCAAGAUUGUACUCGAGAUGAGAGGGAAAGUCCUUGUUCUCAGUCAGCACAAGUUUGCCAGCAACGUGGUUGAGAAAUGCAUCACACACUCCUCGCGACCUGAGAGGGCUCUUCUCAUCGAUGAAGUCUGCUCCUACAAUGACGGUGCCCUGUACACCAUGAUGAAGGACCAGUACGCCAACUAUGUGGUGCAGAAGAUGAUCGACGUCUCCGAGCCCAAUCAGCGCAAGAUCCUGAUGCACAAGAUCCGUCCCUACGUGGCGUCGCUGCGCAAGUACACCUACGGCAAGCACAUCCUGGCCAAGCUGGAGAAGUUCUUCAUGAAGAGCAACGACCUGGGACCCAUCGGUGGACCCACCAACGGCACCUUGUAGAGAUGCAGGUGUGAGGCAAGGCAGGGAGAAAGUAGCCGCUGCUGCAGCCUGAGCCAGGGACGAGACAAUCUUUUAUCAUGCACUUGUGUUCAACUUGAAAGUGAGAGAAAUGCUUUUGAAAUCAUCUUCAUUCUCUUGUUUUCCCUCUUGAUUUGGAUAAAUUUAAGGUUUCAUAUUCUACAUGGAGUUAACACAUUACCUGUAACUUUACGUUUGCGUAGCAACAUUGAAAUAUCUCAAAUCAGUCAUUCUAUUAACCCUCUAUGUUCUUAGAGCUCUGGAACUACAGAAUAUAUAUAUAUUGUUGACACAGAACAAUCGAUUGUCUCGUUCUUGAGCGUAUAAGCGAUGGCAAGUUUUUGCGUAUUAACAUUUUCAAAUUCGUCACAAAAAAAUACAAUUUGAUUGUUUACUGUGGGCAGAGGUUAGUCCAAGAGGAUCGGAGGUGAUGAUGUCGUAUUAUUUUUGAUAAACAGAUACAUAAGAAUCCUACCUUGACGCUUUGAUGAGGGAGGAAGAGAAAUGAAAUGAAAUUGAUUCUGAUCAAGAGGAGAUGAAAAAUAAGAAAUUACCCUCUUAAAUGCUGUGAAACGAUCUUUGAAGGGAAAAGCACGCAACAAAUGACAUCGUAAAGAAUUGAUUGCAUAUAUCUGACCCGACAAAGGCCCAUGAAACUGCUGAGCGGAUAUUGGGCUCUCUGAAGGUCAUUUGAUAUACAAUAUGGCAACCUACCCUCUGCCCGCCCGAACCUCAACAUUGUUAGUCUAGAAUGCAUGCUUGAGUAGUCUUGAAACAGAUUUGAAAAUGAGAAAAGAAAAAAUGUUGAUAAAACGAUCUAAAAAAAAGCUUUUCUGUAAUGAAUGUAUCAUCUGGAUUUUACCUAGCUGUUAGUGUAGGGACCUUGAUAUGAAUGUCCAUAGUAGUCAUACUCGUGUAGUCAUUGAAAUUUUCAAUUUUUGCAGUGGACUAUGUUGUGUUUUGAAUACAUAUUAUAUAUACAUAUAUUCCUGGGAUAUCAUAGUAGUAGGAUAGUAAAAGAAUUCAAAUCCCAGUUAGGUGGUCGGUGGAUGGAUUAGCAGAACUUGCAUUUGUAUUUCUUCUGUGAAAAUUGUAUUUAGCAUGGUACAUAUUUAGCAUUAUGAAAAUUUAUUGCAUGAAUUUCUUGUUAUUUGUAAAAAUGAAAAAAGUGGAAAUGUAAUAUGAAUUUUGUUUUAAUAUGACUUAUAAUUGUAUGAUAUACAUUAUUUUACAAGCAUUUAAUACUUUGCUCUUUGUUAAUUAUUUUUCCUUUUUGAGGGUUUUGUACUUUACUUUGCAUUAUAUGUAUGUAUCUUGGUGUAUUUAGCUAUUGUAUUUCUAUUGUAAAUUGGCUUGAUAAUUUAAUGGCAUUUUUAAAAAUAGUUUGACUAGGCAGUUUGCCAAAAGUAGGAAGUAUAACCUUUGGUGUAUAUUAUUCAUAGCAUGAUAAACUAAAGUAAGCCACACACACCUCAAUGUUGCCCUUUUGUAAUUAUCUUGGCACUGCUAAUUCUGACUUUUCCCACACCACAAAACUCAAAGCUUUGAAUAGUCCUAUUUAGAUGAAGAGCUUUGUCGCUGGGUCCAUAUUAGAGGAUCUUGUGUUGGGUGUAUAGUUCCACACUACAGGAUCUAUGUUAGGUUUAUAGUGUCUUGUAAAGGACUGUUGUGUGUCGUUAAUCAGCACUAGGAUUUGAGAUAGAACACGGAUCACUCACCCGGUUACACCAAGCACUUAGAUAAAACAUAAGCACAGCUCACGUCAGAUCUGUCGUGUGAGUGGUGCUCAUCUGCAGACGCAAAUCUGUCAGUAGUGCAGGCGUUAUAAAUUCAAGAUCAUCAAGUCAAGUGAAGUGUAAAUAUUAACCUCGUAAAUAUGACAUAAUUGCAUUGCCAAAACACAUGCAAUCCCUAUAUUGAACAUACAGCAGAUGGAUAAAAAACAAAGAAUAGGGAAAUUUUGUGCUCUGUACCCUACUAAACCCUCUGAAUUGUCUUCCAUUGUGUGCCUUUUGAUAGGCAGAGAAAACGAAAAGAAGAAGAAAAAUAUGAUCGUACCGGGCAGGAAAAUUAACCCUUUUGAGAAAGAAAUAUUGCCCUCUGUAUAAGGGUCCAUAUCUCUUGUAAUUAUUGUAAAAUAGAAAAGAGUACAUAUUGUAAAGAAUUUUUUUCUCUAUCUCUCACUUUGGAAACUAUUCAUUAUUAUAGGAAAUGUAUCAUGGCAACCUGACCAAGCUCCUUACCAGGAUGAAUUUUCUAACACCUUCAUUGUACAAAUUUCAGAAUGGAAGAAUUAGCGCACACUGUUAUAAACUCGUCUAGUCAAGUUGUAGUAAAAGGAAUAUGAAAUAGAACAUUGGAUUCCUGUACAUAUGUUUAGGUAUGGAAUGAAAACAGUAUGAGGGAUAUAACAUAGACUUCAGCCUUUACAUUGGAACGUAAUGAGACUUGAGCACAAUGCCCGUUCCAUACCUACCUUGUAGUUCAUAGGACAUCGACCAUUUUAAAUCCUCAAUUUGUCAACUGGUUUGAAUUGUAAAUAGAUCACACAAUAAUUCAGGACUAACUCCAUUAGAGACCUCAGAUUGUUGAUAUAAUGCUUUGUGGGAGGGGGUACAUGUAAAUAUACAUCGGCCCACAGGUUCUGUAUAAUGUGUACAGCAUUUUGGAUAAUAUACCGACUUGUCUCCCAGUUCCGGCUGUGACGGCUAUUUGUACAGCAAAAAAGAUAUACCCCACCAUGACCCUGUUUAAACCUACCACGACAGCAUACAACUUGUACAGAGAUGUAUUAUCAAAGACAGACACAUCAUUAUUACCUUACAGAAAGAAGCAAGUAUUUGUACAGAUUCAAUGUAGCUUGUAAAUUCUCCUUUUAUUGUUAAUGUUAUUAUUUUUUUACUCUGUAAUUCUUGUAAGAUUUGUAUAGGAUCACUGUAAGGGUCACCUCCCAGAUACGUUGCAAUCAUGUGCUUACCAUGAAAUGGUUACUGAGCGCUUACGCUCUUCCCCCCGAGUGAUUUGAGCAAUUUGAAGCUAAUUGACGAAAGGAGUUAUUUUUUGGGUGUGUAUACUAAGUCAGAAGUUGGAAGCAGAAAAAAUGCCUCUGUGUAAUAUCGUGUGUUUGGGCUGUUGAAUGAAGGUUGGUUUGUCUGGCCAGCCGUCUGGUUCUUAACUAGACCUAACAUAAAGGGAGGCUACUUCAUGCUCGGGAAAAGAGUCAAGGAACUGGUACUGAAACGCUAUUUUAACACAGGUAUCGGAACAUGAUGUGAUGAACUUGUUUUACUUUCUUUUUAUUACCAUUUUUUGAAGAAAAAUCUGUACUUUAUACGUUGAUAAUAUUCUUAGAUCUUUUGUCCUUGCCAUGUUCAAAUUUUAGAUAUUUUAUGGUGCUUUUAAAACACUUAUUUGCAGUUGUUUUAAUCCUCCCUGAAGAAAACUACAGAUACAAUGAGAAAAUGCAAACAUGAAUUAUGAAAGCAUUGGUGUAAAAAUAGUAAAUAGUUUAUAGACUUUUGUAAAUUACAGAGAUAACUUGCACAUAAUUUCCACUAAGUAUUGGACUUGUGACAUAAUGUAAAAAAGACGACUUGUAAAAGCUUUGUUACACAAUUUUUUUUAUUGUAAAGAAACCUGAAAAUGUGAUUCUUUAUUUGAGAAACACUGGCUGCUUUGUGCAUAGUAUUCUAAUGGAAAAUACUGUUCUUGGCCCGCUUUUUAAGGGUAUGUGUAUUUGCUUAUUAGAGACCAAAAUUAUGAGGUAAAUGAGUACCAUAUUACAUCAUGUAUGACCAUGUAGAUCAAUACCCAAAAGGUCAAUGUGUAAAUAAGACUUUAUUUCCAGAUUACAAAGUAUAGUUUUUCAUUUGUAUAAUUCUUUUGUAAUUAAAAUGUAAAGGCAUACUCUCUCCCAGUUCACAGUUCCCUUGACAUGAUAAUGUUGUAAAAAGACCAGACUUUAUUUGACUCACUUUAAAUACAUGUAGAGAAUGUACAGAAACAUUGGUUCAGAAAUGAUAAAGAGACUGAUCCUCUUGUACAUAGAUCAUUAAGCAACUGAUGAAAAUAAAAAGACAAUUUAUGAAGAUUGGGAACAAUUUUUUAUUUUUUUCCUGAGUUGGAUUGUUUACUGGAAUUGUUCAUGAUUUGAUGAAUUUUUGUAAGAAAAAAAUACCACAGAAAGCAGCUUUGCAUUGUAAUUAUUUUCUUCCUGAGUGCAAGUCUUCAACUGUAAGCCAAAACAUAGGAAAUCUCAUGUGAUCUGUGCGUCUCAUGUUAAAUAUGAAACUGAAUUGUGCUUAUGGGGCAUGUAAAUUAUGUAAAAAAGAAAGAAAAUGCAUUAGUCCAUGAUACUUUUGAAUUUUAUGAUUCAUUUUCCUCAUUGAUGGCAAUUAUUUAAGAAAGGGUUUGUGCAGAUCUUGUUGUCAUAAACCAGCCACCUUUCGAUGUGGUUUCUUGUAAAUUCUCCUAAUUUUGAGCGAUUAUUGUGAUGGCAAUGAUGAUCUAUGAUGCUCUAUGACAAGGAAUUGACUGCAAUUUUUUCAGAUCAUUUUAUACUGCACGCAAUUUUAUAUUGGAUAGUUUGUUUAAAUUUAGCAGUGUAACCCGUGCCUCCAUAAUGUGUAUAAUAGGACAAGUGUAAAGGCCAAAUGUGAUGUAUUUUGUCAAUUUUAAUUUAUUUCAAAAGGAAAAUGAAUUGGUUUAUUUCAGUUUUAGAAUUGUGAACAGAAAUGUCAAUAUGGUAGCAUUUUUUGGUGUGAUCAUGUAUUAUGUAUUUAUCCUUAUAUGGAUUUGUAAUUUUGAUGUAGAUUUUGUCCAAAAGUAUGAAAAUAAGCACAGAAAAAAUGCUCCCUAUUAUGACAAAAAAGUGUACAUUUGUACAGUAGCAAGUGUAAAUUUCAGAGAACACUUAUUUGUUUUAUUUCUGUACAAAUGUUUAUGUUUUACAUCCCUCCUCCUGUACACAAAAUUGUGAAAUAGAAAUUGGCCCUCUAUAUAUGUUGUACUUUUCUGAAUGAUAUUUGUGUAUCGGUCCGAAGUCUAGUGUAUUCAUCCGUUUGUAAAGUAGACAAUGUGUCAAAAUGUCAAGAAGAUUUGUGCAUAAACUUUUUUCCAGUAUACAGCUUUUUGAGGUUAUGUGUUGUUAUUGAUGGAAGCAAACAGAACUGUGCAAAAAUGAAUUUUAGAUAAAUAAUUUUUUUUUGUUUUUAAAUAGAAAACUGGCUUGCCAGAUGAGUAUUUCAAGUUGGUAGUUGUGAGGAAAAAAAAGACUUCUGACAUCUUUGUUUUUUGGGGCAAUGAAGAAAACAAAAAAAUUGUUAAAAUUGACAAAUCAAGUAAAGAUCCAAAAGAAAGAAGAAAAGAAGUGAGUUUUACCAAGAGGGUCGACUUGCCAUAAAAGCAACAAGCUAUGGAUUAUGUUACAAUGUUUAGAAGGAAUCUCGGCAUACAUAAAGGAAGUUGAGAAAUGAUGGUUGAAGAAUGUGCAUGGAAAAUAAUACGUUUUUAGUAGCAAUUGAGCUAAUUUCCUUUUGGGAUAAUCAACAACUAAAUCUUGAUUUUAAAUGAUUUUUAAUGCUUUUGUUUCCUUUCAUCAACGCUUGUUUAUACAUAGAGUGUGCAUGUCUAUUUGUAUAAAUUACCUGCAUGAAAAAUAGAAUUGUCCUAGUUCUUGUUUUAAGUAUUUUUAUGUGAAUAUCUCUUUCGUGGAUUUUUUAUUCUAUCAAUGGAUAUUUUCAUUAUUUUGGUGCAGCCUGCCUCUUGGAUGGUGAUUGUAAAAAAAAAUGUUUGUGCAUAGUAUGUCAAUUGUUCAUUUUGUUUUUCUUAAUUACUGAAUUGGUGAAUGGGAAAGUGAUUAGCAGUAUUAUUAAGUCACGCCUACCCGUAGAUAGCCACUUAGUUUUGAGUGUAUCUUACGUAAGCUGUACACAAUGUAAAGCGAGGAACAUACUCAUUUUUUUUUCUUUCUCUUUGUACAACGUGUAAGAAAAGUCUAAUAAAAGAGUGUGUUAAGAAAUCAUCUGAA